UUUCUAGUCUUGUCAGUAUGUCGUAAGAAACUUGGAGUCAGUCGCCAGAGAGCAUAGCAAGCGGGCGCUUCGCGUUUGAAUAGCUUGAUUUUGUUCAAUCGAUUCAAUGUAUUUUUGUUCUGUGAUUCGUGUAUUAAUUCCUGUGUCCUACAAUUCUCGAAAAAAUGAUCGGGGAGUAGUUGGCUGCGAAAAAUUUCUGUGUUCACUAUUUUUAAAAACCUAACCUCCCCCAAAGUUGUUGCUGGAUAUUGUGAAGUUAUCCAUUGUCAAAAGUGUCAAAAAAAAUCUUUCGAACUGGAUUUUUUUAUCAGUUGAUAUUAAUUGAAGAGUAACUUGAGUGAAUUUGUGAUUAUUGAAAAUGUCGAGGUUCACUAGAACCAGUGAUGGUCUCCUCAAGAUCGAAGAAUGUGAUAUGGUUAAAUUGGUCCACAAAAAGCCCAUAGUGGAGGUGUAUGAUGUCGAAAAGAUACCACUCGGAAGAGGAAAAUACGCCACAGUAUGCAGGGCCGUACACAAAACGACGGGCGUUCAAUACGCCGCGAAAUUCGUGAAGAAGCGACGAAGAAAUCUGGACCAAAUGAAGGAAAUAAUACACGAAAUAGCGGUUCUGGAAGAAUGCGCUUCUAGCGACCGAGUUAUCCGUCUACACGAGGUGUACGAGUCAACGACCGAGAUGGUCCUGGUGUUAGAACUGGCCGCUGGCGGCGAGCUGCAGCACAUCCUAGACGGCGAUAACUGCUUCGAGGAGGUGGAGGCCAGGAAGGUGAUGCGUCAGAUCUUGGAGGGCGUAGCCUACCUCCACAGCCGCAACAUAGCACAUCUCGACCUCAAACCGCAGAACAUAUUGCUGGCGACCGAGGACUCCUGCGACGACAUCAAACUCUGUGAUUUCGGCAUAUCAAAGGUGCUAGAGCCUGGCGUCAAAGUACGGGAAAUAUUAGGUACUUUAGACUACGUAGCGCCAGAAGUACUUAGUUAUGAACCAAUCAGUCUGGCAACCGACAUUUGGUCAAUAGGAGUGCUCACCUACGUUCUUUUGUCAGGAUUCAGCCCCUUUGGUGCCGACAACAAACAACAGACCCUCCUCAACAUAUCCCAGUGUGCCUUAACGUUUGAGCCAGAACACUUUUCUGACGUUUCUAGUGCCGCCAUAGAUUUUAUUAAAAGUGGACUGAUACUAGACCCCAGAAAACGACCGACGAUCCAAGAGUUGCUCGAUCAUCCUUGGAUAUCCCUCAAAUCGAACAUCUCCUCCCUGAUAGUGAAAUCGACGUCCGAAAGUAUUCAAGUGACCCCCCGCUCGACCCCGAUCAGCCAACGAAAGAGCCUGAGCCACGUGAACGUGUCAGCGCCCAACACAACGCCCAUAAGCCAACGGAAAACCUACCUCCAAACAUCGGACAAUCUGAACGGACCGUUCGAGGGCUCGCCGAGGAGUGCCUACCAAGUUCCCAACAACUGCCUGUGCUCCCAAUGCGGCACCACAUGCAGACACCUAACCCACACACCACACGUAUCGAAAACUGCCAUCACGGUUGAUCGGGGAAUUUUGUGCUAGCUCAAACAGGGAGAGCACACUUUUUGAUAGUAUCCUUGGCCUGAGGAAGAAUUGGAUAAGUUUUUUUCCAAGCUCAGUUUAUGGAAGCACAUGAAAUGUAGGUUUGUAAUAUUUGUGCCUUUUGAUGUACAAUCUCUUUAUGAAAUCGAAACAUCUAUUUAUAAUAUUAGUCGUAAUACAUGUAUGUAAUUAUCUUUAUUUAUGAAAAUUCGUGAUAUACAAAAUGGAGAACAUUUCAGUCCUUAAUUAACUGUGGAAUUCUUAUUUUCAAUGUAAGUGUACUUUUAGAAUGAUAUUUGAAUUGUGUCCAACAAGUAAAGUAUUUUAAAUUACUUUUCGUUAUCGUUUACUUAUAUGAUGAAUCAUAAUUUUCAUCUAUUGUGUGACAAUCAGAAAAUCAGUGACAAAAAUAGCACUAUAGUUCCUUCAUCGAGUCAAAUACCACUGUAAUAGGCUGCCACCGAUUCGAGUAGGACCAUUUGGUGAUAAUUACAUAAGCGAGAUAUGAUAAAAGAGUAAUUUAUAGUCGUUAUCAUGGUAUCUUAGUAAAAUCAAGAGUUAUUUUUGACUUUCAUUAUUCAAAAUGAAUCUAAUGACAUCAGAAUUUACAAAUAAUGAAUUGGAUAACAGAAAAAAAAUUAUAGAAGUUUCAAAAGGAACAUAGUUUUACAAUUCCAAUUGACCUUGUACGUGGCUAAUUAAUUCCCCUUUCAUUUCAGCAUAUUCCUCAAAUAAUGAGCUUGUUAAAAUGUUAUAUUGUCAGUUGCAUGUUUGUAAAAAUAAUUUAUGAAAAAAUAAUGGUGAAUAUUCUUCAAUAUUUCCUCUGACCAAUUUUACUGCAUCUGUUAUGUUCUUAAGCAUUUGAGAGAACUUCAUUACUCUGUUUAGUACCUUAUGAUUCCAAAAUCUCAAAUGUCGAACAUUUUGGGUAAUUGUAAAAUAAAUAGUUUUAUGAAGUAUUUUGGUAAUUUAUGUUUUUUGCUUUAAUGUUUCGGUUAGUGAGUUAAAAUAAAGUAUUCUAUUUUGUUGUGAA